AGUUUUCAAAAGUUGUUGAUGGUCAACGUACUUUUGUCAUGAGAACGGCGCAUGCCGAUACGAGCUGUGAUACUUUGCAAUCUGUGAAAAUAACGCCUGCAGUCUGCAUUCUGCACAAGUUGCAUUAUUUACAACUUUUUGCCAUUUUAUAUCUUAGUUAACGCGUGAAUCGAAGAGUCCUUCAAAAUGGUUCAGAGAGUUUACGUUGACAAAAUCAGUGAUAUAUUCACUGCAGUCCAAUACAACCGUACUUGUCAUCAGAAUUACAUGAAAAAAUUAGCCAAGUAUUACGACAAGAUGGACUUUGAUCAAUUUCUGGAAGAAUUCAUAAGUAACCUCAGAAUUCCUAUGUGCUAUAUGGAAAAGCAUCCUAAUGUUGAGAAUACAUUACAGUUUGCAGCUAAAUUUGCUAUCAGCCUACAGCCACCUCAGAGUGAAAAUGAGGAAGAGUACGAAGAAAUGUGUCCCCUUCUUGAACGACUCUUUGAAUUUCUUCUGGCACACCACGAAGUAAAGGAAGUCGCGGUGAGAUUUCGGGUUUGUUAUUUUCUCAAUAUGCUUUUGGAUACCAUGGGUGACAAUGCAUCCAUAGACGACGAACUAUGUAAUCGAAUUCUACAAUGCAUGACUGAUAGGAUCUUAGAUAAAUCACCAAAAGUAAGAGCUCAAGCUGCAAUUGCACUUCAUAGACUUCAAGAGCCAAAUAAUAAAGAGUGUCCAGUCAUUGGUGUGUAUUUGUUUCAUGUAGCAAAAGAUCCUAGUGCAGAAGUAAGAAGAGUAAUUUUAGCGAAAAUGGCUAAAAAUAAAAAAACUCUGGAUGCAGCCAUAAAAAGAACUAGAGAUGUUGAUGAUUCUGUACGUAAAAUGGCUUACCUGUUUAUUAGCAAAAUUACCGUAAAAUCCUUAACGAUCUCUCAGAGAGAACAGUUGAUCAAUAAUGGAUUGCAAGACAGAUCCGAUGUUGUUAAGAAAUGUGUGAGAGAGAUAUUGAUACCAUCUUGGCUUCGUUACUACGAUCAAAAUUACAUCAACUUUAUAAAAGCUAUAGAUGCUGAACAUGCAUCAGAGACAGCCUCGUUGGCAUUAGGCUGUUUAUUCAAGAAUGCAGAAAUUCCAUAUUUGAUAGAUCAGUUACCUUUGGAUAGUACUAAAUUUGUUCCACUGGAACAGCUUACUAGUGAGGUUGUAUUGUAUUGGCGUUGUUUGGCGGAAUUUUUAAAAACUGAAAAUUACACUGAAGAGUUUGAACAAAUUUUGCCAGAACUAACACCAUUCUGUGCAUACAUCAAAGACUUUGUCACACUAACAGAAGCGAGAUCCAAUAAACAGUACGAGCAAGUGACACAACAAUUUAUCCUGUAUCAGUUGUUUGAAAUGAUUAAAUUGUAUGAUCUGGCUGAUGAGUUAGGAAGGAGAAAUCUGAAGGAAUUGAUUUUAGAAACAUUGCAAACAUACAACUGUUCAAAUAAAAUUAGUGAAUGCAUUGUAAAAUAUUUUGAAAACGUGGUGCCUGAUGUAAAUGACAGAGUCGCCCUUCUAGUUGAAGUUAUCAAUGAAAUAAGAAUGCCUACAAGAACAAACCUUGUGCUCCCAAUGUCAGAUGAUGAACGUCAUGAAAGAAAAAUGAAGCAAUCAAAACUUGCAAUGCAAUUAUUAGAAAUAGAAGAUUUGGAGUAUGCAGCUAUUCAGCGCAAAGAUUAUACAGAAGCAGCAGUUUUAAGCAAACAAGCAGCUAGCAUUACAGAGGAAAUAAGAAAUUUAGCAAAGGAACCUGAAAUUAUAGAAUCACAAACCCCUUGUGAAGAGAAAACAGACCCAGAGACAAUGAUACAGUGUCUGCAGAUCAUGUACUACAUGAUGCAAUCCAGCACAAUAACAACUCUAUCACCAACUUUAAGAACUCUCAUGGAGAGUAUUGCGCUACCAUACGUCAGUCUCCAAAAUAAUCACGAACAAGUGCUGUCCUUAGCGUUAAAAUGCGUUGGGCUUUGUUGUCAUUCAGACAAAGAUUUGGCUAAAAAGUACUUUAUGAUGUAUUGCCUUUACAUCUCUGAAUCUACCAGCGAUGAUGUUUGGAUAGCAGCAACAGAAGUAAUAUUUGACUUGUUGCUGAAAUUUGGUUUUGAACAUUUUGACAUAACACCAGACGAAGAAAAUAAUCCACAAAAUGGCAACAAGAGAAAUAGAUCGGUUCGUUUAUAUUCCCAUAAUGACGAAGAUAUAAAUGUGAAUGACAAACAAAUACGCACUGUAGAUGGAAGUAAUAACGUUAUAAAAGUUCUCAUGGCUUUAUUAGACAAUCAGGUGGAAAAUUUACAGUCAGUGGCAACCGAGGGUCUGUGUAAAUUGAUUUUACACAAAAGGAUAAGCAGUCAUCAGUUGAUAUCGCAAUUAUUGAUCUUGUGGCACAAUCCAUCUACAAAAAGUAAUCCAACGUUAAGUCAAUGCCUAUGCAACUUUUUCAAUCUUUACAUGAGUAAGGUUUCUGAAAGCCAAGCCAUUUUAGAAGAAGCAUAUUUACCAACAUUGAAAAUGUUGGCAAAUGCACCUGAGAUGAGUCCCUUACAGGAGGUUGAUGCUCUUAGAGUUAGUGAAGUCAUUAUUGGACUCACAUGUUGUGCUAUUCACAACAAUUAUAGUACACACAAUCAACUCACAUACACUAUAUUAAAUGAAAUUUUAAAUCCGGACACUGAAAUUGAGUUGGAUGUGCUCAUAAAAUCCUUGAAAAUGCUGGAUGUGCAAUUAGAUGGCCAGAACUUGAAAAACGACAUUUUAAAGGCUUUGGACGAUGCUGAAGAUUUGCUGAAUGGUUCCGGAGAAAAAAGACUGCUUAGAUACAUCCACCAAUUCAGGGAAAAAAUAACGACCAACCGAAUCGACGAAACAGCACAAUCGGAAAACCCCGAAAACCCAGGUCACCCUAAUAACCAAGAAGAAAACGUUGAAAAUGCCGAAGAACAAGACCAGGACGAAGAUGAAGAAGAGGAACAAGACAGCGAUGGAGACCAUGAGCAUUGAAAUUUUGUUACCCAUUUAUAUGAAGCAAAAAAAAAACGAAUCAUAGUAUAUUUUAUAAAUAUUUGCGUUAGUUUUAACUAAAUAUUUCAAGAGUAUCAGUAUUUUGUGAUUCAUAAAUAUGUAUAUAUAUUUUUUAAUCUAUUAAGUAUUGUUGUAAAGUUUAUGCGAAAAUCGAUCGACGAACAAA